GGAUGACGUGUCACUCACACCGGAAGUGACUGAGUCUCAGCUUUACAGACGGACUGACAGCGGAGUGAGACCGGGAGCAUAAUACAGAAAUGAUCACAGACGUGCAGCUUGCUAUAUUUGCCAACAUGCUUGGUGUGUCCCUUUUCCUCCUGGUGGUUUUAUAUCACUACGUGGCUGUGAACAAUCCAAAGAAGCUGGAGUGAUUGCAAUCACAGGAUGGUCACAAUCAGAUCCAAUGCUGGAGAAGAGACUGCACGCGUAUCCCGUCCCCUGGCGCACUACUGUAGAUAUGUUUUCUAAUGUCAUUUCCUGAACCAGAAUAAAUGAUGUCUUUGUUUAAAGCUA